AAAACGCCGCUGCAGAAGAGCAUGGACCUGCUGGGGAAGCAGCUGUCGCUCUACUCCUUCGGCAUCAUCGGAGUCAUCAUGCUGGUCGGCUGGCUGCAGGGGAAAAAGGUCAUGGACAUGUUCACCAUCGGAGUCAGUCUGGCGGUAGCAGCGAUCCCUGAGGGUUUACCCAUCGUGGUGACGGUGACGUUGGCUCUCGGUGUGAUGAGGAUGGUGAAGAAACGAGCGAUCGUCAAGAAGCUUCCUAUCGUAGAGACUCUGGGAUGCUGUAACGUGAUCUGUUCAGAUAAGACAGGAACUCUGACGAAGAACGAGAUGACGGUCACUCAGCUGUACACGUCAGACGGACUCCACGCCGAGGUGACCGGCGUCGGAUACAACGGAGCAGGAGACGUUCUACUGGACGGAGAGAUGAUCCACGGUUUCUCCUGUUCGUCCAUCAGCAGGAUAGUCGAGGUGGGCUGUGUGUGUAAUGACUCCGUCAUCAGGAGCAGGACUCUGCUUGGUCGGCCUACAGAAGGAGCGCUCAUCGCUCUCGCUAUGAAGAUGGGUCUUGAAGGCCUCCAGCAGGAGUACGUGCGUGUGGAGGAGCAUCCGUUCAGCUCUGAUAAGAAGUGGAUGGCUAUUCGCUGCGUUCACCGAACCCAGCAGGACAAGCCUCCGGUGUAUUUCAUGAAGGGAGCGUACGAGCAGGUGAUCCGUUUCUGCAGCUCUUACAACAGCAGAGGAAGCGUACUUCCUCUGAGCCACCAGCAGAGGGAGCUCUACCAGCAGCAGAUCAGCUACAUGGGCAGCGGCGGGCUGAGAGUCUUGGCGUUUGCGUCUGGCUCUGAGAUGGGAGCUUUGACCUUUCUGGGUCUGGUGGGCAUCAUCGACCCUCCGAGGUCAGGGGUCAAAGAAGCCGUUGCGGCGCUCAUCAGCUCCGGAGUCGCCAUCAAAAUGAUCACCGGAGACUCUCAGGAGACGGCCGUGUCCAUAGCCAGUCGUCUGGGUCUCUUCUCUAAAGGCUGUCAGUGUUUGUCCGGAGACGAGGUGGAUCAGCUCGACCUGCAGCAGCUUUCAAACAUCGUCUCCAGAGUAACCGUGUUUUAUCGAGCCAGUCCAAGACACAAGCUGAAGAUCGUCAAGUCUCUCCAGAACAUCGGCGCCGUGGUGGCGAUGACGGGCGACGGCGUGAACGACGCUGUGGCUCUGAAGGCCGCUGACAUCGGCGUGGCGAUGGGCCAGACGGGAACCGACGUCUGCAAAGAGGCGGCCGACAUGAUCCUGGUGGACGACGACUUCCAGACCAUCAUGUCGGCCAUCGAGGAGGGAAAAGGGAUUUACAACAACAUCAAAAACUUUGUCCGCUUCCAGCUGAGCACGAGUAUUGCAGCUCUGACACUCAUCUCCUUGGCGACGCUGAUGAACUUCCCCAACCCGCUGAACGCCAUGCAGAUCCUGUGGAUCAACAUCAUCAUGGACGGACCUCCUGCUCAGAGUUUGGGCGUGGAGCCUGUAGACGGGGAUGUGAUCAGAAAGCCGCCUCGUAACGUUAGAGACAGCAUCAUCACCCGAAGUCUGAUCGUCAAGGUCCUGGUGUCAGCGCUCGUCAUCGUCUGUGGGACGCUGUUCGUCUUCUGGAGAGAGUUGCAGGACAACGUGAUCACUCCUCGAGACACAACCAUGACUUUCACCUGCUUUGUGUUCUUCGACAUGUUCAACGCUCUGAGCUCCAGAUCACAGACUCGUAUGGUUCAUGAGAUGGGUCUCUGCAGUAACAGGACGUUCUGUUACGCCGUCCUGGCCUCCAUCAUGGGUCAACUCCUCGUCAUCUACUUCCCUCCUCUGCAGAGCGUCUUCCAGACAGAGAGCCUCAGCAUCCUGGACUUGCUCUUCCUGGUGGCGCUCACCUCCUCCGUCUGCGUCGUCUCAGAGUCCAUCAAGAAGAUAGAGAGGUGGAGAGGACUGGAGAAAAGCCCGUCCUUCGAUAGCUUCCACGAGGUAUGAUCCAACCCCCCGCCGCUCCGCCUCCAAGGAAGAAGAGGUUUGGAGGAUGAUGAGGAUGAUGAAGGUGAUGGGAGCUUUUAAGGAUCUUACAUCUGAUGGCACUGACUUAUUAAGACUGUAAGGACUUCCUCUGAGACCCUCCAGAGGGAGAAGCUCUGGUCUGGGACCGGAGGAAGCUCUCUGCUUUGGUGAAGGGGGGGAAAGGGUUGGGUAGGGGGCGUUAUUGGGGGGGGUACUGGACUUUGUUUAAACUGGGAGGACAAGAUGGCUGCUGGAAGAUCUGACCCUGUACUCAUCGUUAGAGGGUCUCACUACUGAACCCCGCAGCGUCGGUUUUAGCUCCGCCUCCUCCUCCUCCGUGCCGGCCUCGUUUUUAGAUUCGUAAGCUCUCUUUUGGGGGGGGAAACUGCCACGGAACGACCGACUACAACUUCCUCCCAAACCCCCCCCACCCCAACACACACACACACACACACACACACACACACACACCCGCCGUGUAAGAUGUCUGAAGAAUCAAGGCUAGAGACGUGUGCAAUUUCCUUUCUUCUUUUUUUCUUUUUUUCUUUUUUUUUUCACUCUUCUGUUUUUACUCGUAUCAUUUAGAAGGUGUUGACCACUAUUCAGCUUGAUUUUCAGGACUUUUUAAAUUCUUCUGUUGUUGUUUUGUUGUUGGGUUUAAACUUUACGGUCGAUGGCGGGGGGGAGGGGAAGGAGGGGGGAGGAGUUAAAGUUCAUGGUGGAGGUGUAACGGUACUAAAAACAUUCCUUGGAUCAUUAGUUAGGUGUGUUUUCGGUUCAGUGUGGAUUUAGGUUUUUUGGUUAUUUUCACAUUUAAAGCAUUUAUUUAAAGGCAGAGCAACAUGUUAACAAUGGAGGAUAUUUAAAGAGGCACUUACAUUUAAAAAUAGCAAAUGGAAAAUGUUAAAUUGUAAAAAAGAAAAAUUGCAAAGUAGUUGCAUUUAAAUUGGGUUUUUUUUCAUUGACAUUUUCAAUUUCAUCUUUUUAUGCAGUUUUGAGGAUUUUCCAUUUAAAUGUUUAUAUUUAAAAUUUCCCUUUUUUUUCAUUAUCAUUUUACAUUUUCAAAUUAGCUUUUUCUAUUUCCCUUUUCUUUUUCUUUUUUUAAGGUUUAACUACGGCUUGAUUAAUCCUGGUGCUGUAGUAAAAUAAUCUUUAUUAAUGUCUUAUUUAGACUCUUAAUAUCCUUCAUAGUUAACAGUUUGCACAAAAGCAAAGAACUGCAAGUAAAUAACAACAAAUAAUAAAAAAUAUAAGACUAAAAUCUGCAUAUUUUUAAUAGCUGUAACUUUAUUGUGGCAGUUUGUCUCUGCUGCCCCCCCAGUGGCCAAAAUCAGCUACUGCAGGCUAAAAGUCUUGAUUCCUUAAAAACAACUUUUCUAAAGUCCGCUCUGCUUUUUUCUUCAUUCUUAAGACUCGACACAAGUCCAACUUUACUUUAAGUCGCUCUGUUUAGCGUUUAUAAGCAAGUUAGUCCAUUUUUUUAUGGACAUUUUGCAAAUAUUGUCUGUUUUCAGCUCCUGAAAUGUUGUAAUUUGUGAUAAUAAAUUGAAUUUCUUUGGAUUUUUGGAUUUUUGAAGAUGACACAGUUGGCUCUAAUAUUAAAGAGCAUUUAUAGAUAUAAUGAUGAGUUGGCUGAUUUAAUUAUAAUUAAAGUAAUUAUGCACUAAAUGGUUUAUAACACAGUAGAACAUAAUUAUAAAGACAUGUUUAGGUGUUUAUUAAUGUUCAAUUAUAACUUCUACAAUGAAGACAUACUUUAUAUUAUUACAGUGCUUUAUUAUAUAGUCAUUCAUCAGUUAGAGUUGUUGGUUAAAACAUAAUUAAACACUUAAAUCUGCUUUUAAGGAUGUUAUAGUUUGUUAUAAAGACGUAUUAACUGUUUAUAUGCUGCUUAUAAAUGCUAAAUGAGAAGUUGGGGGUCAAGAUUUUCUCACUUGUUUUAACACUAUUCUGUUUUUAUGAUUUAAUAAUAGACAGAAAUGACUGUAUAAGAUGGAGAUUCUACAGAAAAGCACAAAAUUAGCUUUAUUUAUUUAUUUUUUUUCGAUCUUGAAAAAUCCCUCAAAUGAAUCUGAAGCGAGAGAAGAGGAAGUGAAUGUGCCGUUACACCUGCUGCCGUUCAGGCUUUGUUUUACAUGCUUGUUCCUUCGCACACUGGGUUAUAAAUUAAACAUGUCUGGUUUCAGUUGAGCAGCUGAUAAACAAAUAAACAAACGUUUUUUCAUGUCAUAUUUAAGCUUUUCUACACUCGCCGCCUCUCAUAUUAUAAGAGCCUCUUAUAUAUAUUUAAAUAUAUAUAUAUACGGCUGUUUAAGCUUCCUGUCGUCCUCCCGGCUCAAAAUGACCCCGUCUGUUUUUGACUGUUCCUUCUUUCCUCCCUUCCUUCCUUCCUUCCUCUGUCCUUCCUCCUUUCCUUCCCUCUUCCUUCCUCCCCUCCUUCCCUUCCUUCUUCCUUCCUCCCUUCCUUCCUUUCCUUCCUCCCUCUUUUCUUUUCUCCUUCCCUCCUUCCUUCCUUCUUUCCUCCAUCCAUCCUUCCU